UACGCCGGACUGCAGCUCGCUGAAGCCCCUUCCGCGCAGCAGAUUAUCGGACCGAACCAUUGCCGCAGUUCAGGUUUUUAGCACCUGUCACAUGACGCUUUUCCGUGCAAAAACAUCGGCCAUUACUGCAGCAAGUCAGUCCACCUCACCGACCGCACACCCAAACCGGACGCCGGCGUCCUGCAAACGCCGCCGCGGCGCAGCUCUCGGGGGGGAUGAGCUGCCAAACUGCACCGACACCCCCAUUGUGCGGCUGGCAGCAUCACCCACUGCCUGCAAUGGCGUUGAAGCGGCUCGAGUGGCUUCCAGCCUGUCUGUAGUGGCCAUUCCGUCCCGGACUAUCCACGCGCAGGAGACAGAAAUGUUCUUAGUGGAAGUGUUUUCUACAGAAAAUCCUCCACAUCUGCUCGCGUUUGUCCUCUGGACUGUUUUUUAUUUGUGUUUUCCUCACAGCGCCUUCACCGAAGCUGGAGCCAUGACUGCGUGACUGGAACUGGAAGACUGGAGUAAGUUCGACUGUACUCCUCACUCCACCAAUUUAAUGAGGUCACCGCGAUGCUGACAUCCCCUCCGAAUCCAAAGACAUCAUCAUGCUGAAGAUGGAGGCCUCGGGAGAGAGGACCAGCCUCCGGAGUGCCUCUCCUCACCGUAAUGCCUACCGUGCUGAGUUCCAGGCUCUGAAGAAAGCCUUUGAUCAGCCUCGGAUCGAUGGAGACUCGAAGCCCAAAGGCCUGGAACGGGGGAAACAGCCGAGAGGUCGCCAGUAUGGCGCCCACGUCAGUCGCAUUAAGGACAUGUUCAUGCAAAUGGGAUCGGAGAAUACCACAGCUAAAACCAGGGCUCGGGACGAGUCCUCACCACAGAAGCUGGUGAAACCCACCAACUUCAUCAACAAAGCUGAUGGGUCAGUGAUAAAGCUCCAGCAUUCCUCGUCAGCUGAGAGGAUUGGAGGUGCCGGGGCGAAGUUCUCAGAAACCCGGAGGCUGUUUGAGCAGCAGUCCCGCGAUCAGUCCCAGUCACCAGUCUUUCCCUACGGACGCGAUAAGAGGGGCUCCCAUGAGCACCUUGAUGACUGGCGAGGAGCGAGGUCCAACCGAGGCAGCACAGACUCCUUGGACUCCCUGUGCUCCAGAACUGACGCGUCUUCACCGACUGUCAGUCAGCUGAGCGCUGUCUUUGAAAAUGCCGACCACCACAACCAGGGAGCUCCUCACAGAGGAGUCAGCAGACGAGCUCUCUAUUCACCAGACGGAUCCAAUCGCCACGGGGGCGACCUUAGCGAGGAUGAGUCACGACAGUCACCCGUUCAUGGAACCUCCCGGAAUAAGAUGGGAGGCAAGUUUCCCAUGUCCUCAUCCUCUGAGGACUUUCUGAGCCCCAGUCCUGGACCAGAUAGUCUGGAAUCCAAAGCAGAGGUCGAGGUCCAGAAGAAAAACAAUCAGCAUUUGCCUGGGACUACCACUGGUGAAAGCCAGGUCAAUGGGUCUUAUGAAGAAGAGGUUGAACCUUCAGACCCAAAGCCUUCAGAGGACCAUAAGGACUUCAGAGCCUCAAAACCUUCUCAUGGUGCUGUGAUCACCGACGAAACUUCUGAUGAUCUUCUGGACGCCAUAGCUUCUGCAACCAAACAGGAUGUGGAGGAUUCAAAGGAAGACAAACCCCGCGAAUCCUCUAGGAACCAGAGGGAAGAACCUGAGGAGGAAUACGCUGGGAACGAGCAAGUGAUUUUUAACGCAGACGGGGAUGCCUGCUAUCAGGGCUGGGGGGAGAGCUGCACAGACCCCGAGGAUGACCUGUACGGUGAUGACGACGACGACAUAGUCUAUGACCCCGGCUCAGACCUGACGGAGAUCCCCGGUCUGCCUCAAGAAAGCAAAGAAGACGUCCCGCCGAAGAGGAAGAUUCGCUUCAGCACCGCUCCAAUCACAGUGUUCAACACUUACUCCAAUGAGGAUUACGACCGGCGGAAUGAGGAGGUGGAUCCUGUGGCCUCGUCUGCCGAGUACGAGCUGGAGAAGAGGGUGGAGAAACUGGAGCUCUUCCCCGUGGAAUUGGAGAAAGAUGACGAAGGCCUUGGGAUCAGCAUCAUCGGGAUGGGUGUGGGUGCUGACGCCGGCUUGGAGAAGCUUGGCAUAUUCGUCAAGACUGUCAUUGAGGGGGGAGCUGCUGAGAGAGACAGCAGGAUCAAGGUGAACGACCAGAUCGUGGAGGUGGAUGGGACCAGUUUGGUGGGAGUGACCCAGAGCUUUGCUGCGUCUGUCCUCAGAAACACAUCAGGAGUAGUUCGGUUCGUGAUUGGCCGAGAGCGCCCAGGUCAGCAGAGUGAGGUGGCCACGCUCAUCCAGCAGACCCUGGAGCAGGAGAGGAGACAGAGGGAGCUGCUGGAGCAACAGUACGCGCAAUACGAUGCCGACGACGACGAGCAGACGGGAGAGUACGCCACAGAUGACGAGGAGACGGGAGCAACAACUGCAAGCGGAGAGAAGAACAUCGAGGUGUUCGACUUACCAGAAACCGAAGACAUCUUGUCUCCAUCUGAGUUAGACGCCACCAAACUCUACCAGAAGUUCAGAGAGCUCCAGAUCAAACACACAGUGACCGAGGCUGAGAUCCAGAAGCUGAAGAGCAAGCUGGCGUCAGUGGAGAGGGAGAAGCAGCGCUGGGAGAAGGAGAAGAGCCAGCUGAAGGCCAGCAUUGAGGAGAACAAGGAGAGGAUGCUGAAGCUGGAGAGCUACUGGAUUGAGGCGCAGACGCUCUGCCACACCGUGAACGAGCACCUGAAGGAGGCCCAGGCCCAGUACCAGACCCUGGAGAAGAAGUACAACAAAGCCAAGAAGCUCAUCAAAGACUUCCAGCAGAAGGAGGUGGAGUUCAUCCAGAAGGAGGAUGCAGAGAGGAGGCGGCUGGAGGAGGCUGAAAAAGCUCAUCUGGCUGAAAUCCAGGGACUUCAAGUGAGGAUUGCGGCGCUGGAGUCGGAGUUGAUGCAGCUGAUGAAACAGAACGGCAUCCAGGUCAACAACAACAACAGCAACAGUUCGGAGCGGCUGUGGGCUCAGCAGCAGAGCCCCAGCAGAGGCACGGCACAAGCCACAGAUCCGCGGGGGGGCUCUCCACCAUCACCGAGCAAAAAGGGCUGCAGCUCUACAGAGAAAGAGGGCUGUGAAGCGAGUCCAUUCUUCAGCUGCUCUGAGUCGGCUCCCAUUGAUGCAGGAGCAGCAGGCUGCAGAGCGCCUGGCAGUGCAGACGGCUCCCCACACAAAACGCUGCACGGUUCCCAGUCUUCAGCCAUGUUAAGCCCUUCUCACAAACAGGCACUGGAACCAGACUCCUCCCUCAGGAAAACCAAACACAAGGAUUCCCGAUGUGCAAACAGCUCUUCAGGACCAUCAACAGAGAGAAGUCCAGAGAAGCUCAAAGCAAAGGCGCCAACUGUGAGCGAUGAUGUGAGCGCGAGCAGCAGCAGCUCGGUGGAGAUCAGCGGUGUGCUCAGCGAGGUCGGGACGUCCCGCGGCGUGCAGCUCUCCUCCAACGAGAGUCUGGAUAUGAUAGAUGACGAGAUUUUAGACGAGCUGCAGUUUUCAACGCAGCAGGAGUGUCAGAACCGCAGCGUCUCAGACUGGACUUCACAGCAGGUGGCGCUCUGGCUCACGGGCCUCAGCUUAGAGCAUUUGGUUCCAGAAUUCACUGCCAAAAACGUGGAUGGAGAACAGCUUCUGCAGCUGGACAGCUCUGAUCUUAAGGCUCUUGGAGUGUCUUCUUCCCAGGACCGUACUGUGAUAAAGAAAAAGAUCAAAGACCUUAAAGUUCUGAUGGAGAAAGCCAGAAGGAACCAGGAGAAAAUGGAGAAACAGCGUGAGAAGCAACGGAAGAAAGAGCUGGAGCAGCAACAGAAAGACGCACUGAAAGGAAACGCCACAGAGUGAGGAGAAUCCUCUCACUUUUCUGUAGCACCAAACUAAGUAGCACCUGGCUGCUGAAAGAGAAAGACAGCAGGUCCCGCGAACGAACCCUGAGGCUCUCCUGCUGGUGGAGCUGCACCUCCUACAGUCAGCAGCUGUGAAUCACCUGUUCAAGUUAUACCAAAACAAGACUUUGGAGAAUGCUGCCCGUCAUUUGGCCUCAUGUUACGCCUCCUGUGUUUUUAACCCCCUCAGAAUUUUCAGACUUAUUUAUUUUGCUGUUUAUAGCUGUAAAUUGGGUUUAUUUAUUCUCAUAUCCAGAUUAAUUAUAUGAAAAGCUCAUCCCAUAUCAUCUUCAGACAUUCUGUUAGCACCAGUGGACAUGAAACUCUUGUACAAACGAUGUAAGAUGAUGUGCCAUGUCAGUACGUGUAUAUACAUUCAGCUUUAACGCUGCGAGGCCACAACAGGCCUGUGUGGUGCAGAUGAGGGGGCAGUUUCCACCUCCCACCACUAGGUGUCCUCGUGCUGUUAGUUCCAUCACUGAAUUUAACAUCUCUGGGACUCAGUGAGAAGACUGGAAGUGCAAAAAUCCUGUAAAUGUGACCACACGGGAUACAGCUCCUCCUACAGUAUUAAUAGGGAUACUACUGAGUGGUUUUCAGGUACUUUGUCAUUUCUAACUUGCCUAACUUAUAAUGCAAAACUACAACAAAAAAGCUCCUAAAAUUCCUUAUAAUAAAUGCUUUUGCUUAACUUGUAACCUGCUAUAGAGAUCGUUUUAUAGCAAAAAGUAAACCCCGCUGCUGCCUUUAGGAAAUAGAGUUGUACAAAUCUUCUGAGCUCUGCCUGCUUCUGAGUGUUUUGUGCAUUGAAACACAUUGAAAUCUAGUUUUCCAUGCUGAUACAUUUAGAAUAUUUUCAGUAAAGUGGAUGGAAUUUAGUGAUUUAGAUGUUUUUAUUUUAUUUUUAUUUUUUUUUGUGGGAUGAUAGAGAGGCAAUAGUCUUAAAAUGUUAUGGAACCUGAUUGAUCAACGAUAGAAAUUAUUUGCUAUUAUUGCCGAGAAGGUAACGCUUUCUUUUACAGUACAGUACUUUCAGGGUAUUUGAGUGGUAAUUACAUGGUAUUUCUGUGGGUACUUAUGUGGUACUUGCUGUGGUACUUUUUGGUUCAUACUUACGUGGUACCUACUGAGUGAUUAUAUUGUACCCACUGGGUUUUUACAUGGUACCGCCUGAGUAUUUACAUGUUGAGUAAUGUGUCUCUUGUGGUACCUACCACAUGUAAGGACAAAUACAGUACCUUGAAUACAUUUGUUAAUUUGUUAAGGUAUUUGCUUUGUGUAAUAAGAUAGUCAGUAAACAUCGACUAUCUUAGAAAUACCAUUAAAAAAAAUACCACAAAGAAGUACCCAGAAUUUACAUUCUACUGAUUUAGUACUCACUAUAUGUAAAAAAAUAGGUAUUUAUGUGGUACUUUAUUGUGUUUUUCUUAUAAUUACUAGGGGUUCAUUGAUUCAAUGAAAUAUUGCGAUACUUGUAUUGCUUUAAAAAGCUGCAAACACAAUAUUUGAUUAAUUAUUUAAAAGCAAACAACAGCCCUUCACCGCACCAAAACUCAACAAGAUCUCACCAGAACCAUCUUGAGUUAAUGUUUCUACCCGAUCUGUAACCGCGACUUAGUGCUACUUGGUUUUAACUUGGAAUGGAUACUGAAAAUCUGCCAAGUUGCUACUGGUACAAUAAAAAAAGUGCAGAUUUUUGUGCUUUUACCAUUUUAUUAAUGUGAUAGGUGUAUUCUACUGUCUUUAAAAUUUAGUAAAAUAUUGAUUCUGGUACUGUGUUGUAUUGCGAUACAUGUAUCGUGAUAUUUAUCGCAUCGCCAGGCUCUUGCCAGUGCACACCCCUAGUAAUUAUCAUUAAUGCGAAGAGAGUAGGAACACAGAAAGUACCAUUUAAUGUGUUAAAUGUACAUGUUAAGCUAUAGUACUGUAAGGAGAGUAGUUACACAGAAACUACCUUUUAAGUAUAACAAAAGUACCAUGAAAGUACCACUUCAAUAAGUAUGGAGAAAAGAAAGUUUUACUGCAGAAUUAUUUAAUUUAAUUGUUUUACUGCUUAAUUUAAAACUAAUUAUUCUUGUUUUGCAUAGAGUUCUUAAUAUAAGUGAGAAAUGUACAACCCAUAUUUAUAAUCUUCUCAGUUUACAAUUUGUGUAGAGAUACCUGUCACCGUCACAGAAGUGGGGUUACCUUUUUUUGUAAGUCCUCGUUCGUCUUAAGAAGCCCUGCUGUUAAGCUGCUGGUAAGUAAACAACAACAGUUUACUUCUCAAUAAAACCCCAUGCAGCACAAAUAGAGUUCCUGAUCAGAAACGUGUAAUUUUUUGCUAUAUUUUUAAAAGCAAUUGUUUAUUGUAACUUAUUGAAAUUAAGAGUUUUAUUGACUUUUGAAUCAUUUAUCAAUAACGUUACUUUUAUUUGCCAAAAAAACAAAUAAAACAUUUCGUUUAUUGAUUGCUUAUAUUCAUGUGGAUGUUCUGAAGGAUGUAUUAGAGAGAGGGAAACAGCUUUUGCCCCAUUAUGUUUUAUUUACCACUCGCACUGCUCCCAUGUCACCCGAUAAACUGCUCCAGACGUGCUCCUCUGAGAUAUUUUGUAACGUCCCUGUGAAUAACCCCUCACAGUCAGAGGACUGCACUCUUUUGUAUGUAAACACAGAGCAAUAUGCUGUACCAACCCUCCAAAAGCCUUGUUUUUUAUGGUGUGUCUGAGAGACUAAGAGAGAUUCCACUGUUCUUUCUUUAGGUGUUUCAUCCUGCUUGCCUCUUGCUAACCUGUGUGUGUGAUUGUGUGAGCGUCUGACAUGCACACCGUUCAACUCAUGUGGAAUCAAGUCGGAUUUUUUGUGUAAAUAGAGUGAAUGGUAAAUGCCACCAACUUCUUCUUUCACUUUUCAAAAGCUUUUCUAACUCCUCCUCCUCUUUUGUCAUUCUGCCUGGCUGUCUUUUUCGCAAUCAGAAAUAUUUGAAAGGGCAGCCGCCUGUCACUGAAUAAAAUGUGCAGUCACUGUCCA